CGGAAAAUCAAUCGUCGGCCCCCUCUUUAACCCCCACAGCCACCUGCUCCCCAAGGAACGAACGAACGAACGAACGAACGAUCGAUCGCCAAUUCGCCACCACCCGUUUCUUGUUGCAUUCCCAAUUCCGAUUCUUGCUUCCUCUCGCCGUGUUGAGCCCGUUCCGAUCAUGGGUCUCCGAUCCCUCUUCCGAAGGAAGAAACCCAUUUCGCCGUCGGCCACGGGAGGCUCCGCGCUGGCCACCCCGCUCGGGUCGCGGUCCUCGUCGAUGGGCUCGCGGUCCCAGAUCGAGGAGCUGGAGCAGGUGUUCAAGAAGUUCGACGCCAACGGGGACGGCAAGAUCUCCGCGUCCGAGCUGGGCUCCAUCAUGAGCUCCCUCGGCCACCCGGAGACGGAGGAGGAGCUGACCAAGAUGAUCUGCGAGGUCGACUCCGACGGCGACGGGUUCAUCGACUUCGACGAGUUCGUGGAGCUGAACACCAAGGGGGUCGACCCCGACGAGGCGAUGGAGAACCUGAGGGACGCCUUCUCCGUGUACGACAUCGACGGGAACGGGUCGAUCACCGCCGAGGAGCUGCACAAGGUCCUGCGGAGCCUCGGGGAGGAGAGCUCGCUCGCCGAGUGCCGGAGGAUGAUCGGCGGCGUCGACAGCGACGGCGACGGCAUGAUCAGCUUCGAGGAGUUCAAGGUGAUGAUGAUGGUGGGCUCGCGCUACGACGGCACAUCGUCCGGCAACAACAACCUCAAUUAGCAGAUGGCGAAGACGGACCGAUCGAGAGAGUUUCAAUCCACGAACCCAUCUCUCUCUCUCUCUCUCGCUCUGCAUCUCUGGAUCUUCUCUCCUCGUUUGUUGGAGGGUCACAGGGGUUAGUUCUCGUCCUCGAAUGUG